AGGCACAGCUGUUUCCAUUCACAGCCUAGGACGUCCAAGGAGCGAAAACCUGCCCACUCCAUCCAUGUGACUCUCAUCUCCCUCUGGGGAGGGGGAUAGCAUAGGGCGGGUCUGGAAAGCUGGGAUACAUCAUUCUGGCCUCCGCACCCCUCCCUUUCUCAGUCCAUUGGGAGGCAGAAGACAGGAAAUGACUGCCAUGGAUGUGGUAUGAUUUUUUACUGAAACAGCAUUUUGUAGCCCAGGCCCCAUGCUGUCCACAGCUAUUUUUCUCUCUGAUACCAGCCAGGUGGCCCCGUCCUUUGUGUUCCCCUCCUCACCCCCUCACGUGACUUCAGCCUUUGGAUUCUCAGCUCCUGGCUGCCUUCCACAUUCCACUGCUCUUUCAGAACCCAGGCAUCCUGGCCUCCAGCUGAAACCGCUGCAUGUGGCUUCCCCCACCCCUGGCCCCGUGACUCAGGCCCUCUGAAGGCACCAGCCCUCUUCUUGGCACUCACCGGGGAGGGGGACAGGGGAAGGGGGGCCAGGUGGUGACAUCACAGUUGAGGGUAUAAAAGCUUUGAGCCAAAACAGAAUUGAAAUUGAAGACAUUGAGAAAACCUGACUGUGCAGCCUGUGCUCCUGGGGAACUCUUAGGACCCCCGGCCUGCUACUCACUGCAUCAAGGCCUACCCACUGACUCCAUGCCGGGCUCUCCCUGCCUUGUGUGGCUCCUGGCUGUCACCUUCUCCUUGGUUCCCAGAGCGCAGCCCUUGGCGGGAGACUCGGAAGAAGAGGAGCAAGAUGAGACAUCUUUGCCGGCUGUCCCCUGCGACUACGACCGCUGCCGCCACCUGCAGGUGCCCUGCCAGGAGCUGCAGAGGGCCGGCCCGACGAUGUGCCUGUGCCCCGGCCUCUCCAGCGCCGCGCAGCCGCCCGACCCGCCACGCCUGGGGGAAGUGCGCAUGGAGGCAGAGGCGGGCCGCGCCGUGGUGCACUGGUGCGCCCCCUUCUCCCCGGUCCACCAGUACUGGCUGCUGCUUUGGGAAGGCGCCGGGGCUCCGCAGAAGGGGCCCCCCCUCAACUCGACGGUCCGCCGAGCGGAGCUGAAGGGCCUGAAGCCCGGGGGCGCAUACGUCGUCUGUGUGGUGGCCGCCAACGCGGCCGGGGAGAGCAGCGUGCCCGGGGCCGAGGGCCUCGACGGCGCGGGCGGCCCCGCCUUCGGGCCCUGCGGCCGGCUGACCGUGCUGCCGAGGCCGCUCACGCUGCUGCACGGGGCCGUGGGCGUGGGCUCGGCGCUGGCCCUGCUCAGCUGCUCCGCCCUGGUCUGGCACUUCUGCCUGCGUGAGCGCUGGGGCUGCCCCCGCCGAGGCCGCCCGAGCGGCGCGGGACUCUGAGGCUUCCCGGGGGCCUCUCCGGCCAAGCUAAGCCCGGCGCCGCUCCGGGGGAGGUGGCGCCCCGACAGACCAGACGGCAGGAUGGAAGGCCGGGCGCUGGCCCCCCGCUGAGUCGGUUCAGGCUCCAGACUUUCCACUCUGCUCCGAGCUUAGGUUUAGGAGUAGAGAAGGUCGGCAAAUUUUUUCUUAAUGGACCAGAAUAAUUUAGGCUUUGUGGUUCCAGGGGAUAAAAUCGAAGAUAUCAUGUAGUUCUUACAUAACCAUGUAACCAUUUAAAAACGUAAAAAUCAUUCUUAGCUCUUGGGCCUUACAAGUCAGGCCCCGGACAGUUUUGGCCCGUUGGCUACGGUUAGUCUACUCCUGUCGUACAGCCUCAAAAGGGCCCUGCCACUAUGGGUGGCUUCCGUGGGGUUUUGAGAAUAAGCUGCUGCGGGAUGGGAGUUUGGGGCUAGAGACCACUCCUUCUCCUUCUGCCUUUUUGUUUAGAUAGUGAGGAUGCGCACUGAGUUAGAAUCUACCUGUGUCUGAGGCGGGUGGGAAUAAAUGACUGACAUGGGGUGGAGAAGAGGACUGCCCAAGCUGCUGUUUGGGACAGGCUUGCGGUUUUGCUAGUAAAAAUAUAAUAAUAAUAAUACAAUAAUAACAAAGGACUCCCCCUCCCCCAUUUGUGUUUAUUGUAUAUUCACUGUAACAACAUUAAAGGAGAUGUAAAAGGAA